AUGGAGAAGCUGGGUUCUGUGGAACCUGCACACCCUGUGCCGGGUGCAGAACCCGCUGCCGGGGCUGCCAAGAUGGAGGGGGCGCUCGGGGAUGAGGGGGCAACGCUUGCCAGCUCCAAGCUGUUCAGGUGUGAGUGUGUGAGACGCUGGCUUCCACCUGCCUACAGAGAAGAACUGUACCACGUCUUACGGCUCACGGGCCCUCUGCUGCUGUCUCGAAUCCUCAACUUUCUGCUGCCGUUUGUCAUCACCAUUUUCUGUGGCCACAUUGGAAACGCAGAACUGGCUGGAUUUGCACUUGCAUCAGCGACCAUUAAUGUGACGAUCACAGCCACAGGCUACGGUCUGACCAUCGCUUGUGACACUCUCAUAUCUCAGACGUUUGGCAGUAAGAACAUGAAGCGUGUGGGGGUGAUCCUCCAGAGAAGUUCCCUCAUCCUGCUGCUCUUCUGUCUGCCCUGUUGGGGUCUUCUCAUCAACUCCCACAACUUACUGCUCCUCCUGUACCAGGAGGAGGAGGUGGCCAGAAUUGCCCAGCUUUAUGUGAUGGUGUUUCUGCCAGCUGUUCCAGCCAUGUUCCUGCAUCAGCUGCAAGUCUCCUACCUGCAAAACCAGGGGAUUAUUCUUCCUCAGAUGUACACGGCUGCAGUGGCAAACAUCUUCAACUUGGGGAUCAACUAUCUUUUAAUUUCUGUUCUGGAGCUGGGAGUCGUAGGAUCAGCAGUCGCUAACAGCCUCUCUCAGAUCAUCAUCUGCCUGCUGUUGUUCGGCUACAUCCGAUGGAAGAAGCUCCAUGAGCAGACAUGGGGAGGCUGGUCCACGGAGUGUCUGCAGGACUGGGACUCCUACAUGAAGCUGGCUGUCCCCAGCGUCUUCAUGAUCUGCUUUGAGUGGUGGGUCUGGGAGGUGGGAGGCUUCCUUGCAGGUGUGCUUGGAGAGGUGGAUCUCGCGGCGCAGCAUGUGAUAGUGGAGAUAGGAAGUAUAGCAUACAUGUUCCCUUUAGGAGUCCAUGCAGCUGCCUGUGUGCGUGUUGGAAACGCCCUGGGGGCCGGGGACACAGCCCGAGCCAUAGUCACCUGUAAGGUCGCCCUGGUUCUGUCAGGUGUGCUUGCCGUGCUCCAGGGUUUUGUCCUGGCCGGCAGUAAGUCCGUCCUGGGCUACAUUUUUACCUCUGAUGAUGAAAUAGUGGCGCUGGUCUCAGACAACCUGACAGUUUACACGUUUCUGCAGUUCCUUGACGCCCUGCUGUGCGUAUGCUCAGGAAUACUUGUCGGCACCGGGAUGCAGAAAAUUGCUGCCUUGUGCAAUUUGGUGUCCUACUAUGUGAUCGGCCUGCCUGUAGGGAUCGCACUGAUGUUUGCUGCUCAGCUCAGAAUUUUAGGUUUGUGGCUCGGCCUCCUAAUUUGUGUGUUCCUUCAGACGAGUUUCUUUCUCAUUCUCAUUUUUAAACUCAACUGGGAAAAAGUCACACAGAAGGCUCAGCAGCGAGCAGGGAAAGUGAUAAUGGUGACACCAAAACCUCCUGUUGGUCCGGUCCUGAAUGAAACUACCGGUCUGCUGCCGGACGUGGCUCUCUGCCCUGACACAGCCCCGCUGAACAGUGACAUUAAAACAGAUGGUUACAGUCCUGUUAUAACCCAAGAUCUGGAGCUGAAGACGAGCCAUGAGUCUGAGGGCAAAAUCACGAGCGCAGGAGGAACUGAGGGCGAUUCUGAACCUAGCAAAAAUACUUUAAACACUAAAUCUGAGGAGAAACUCUCUGCCUCUCAGCUGAUCACACGACGUGGACUCACCUUGUUGUUCUUAGUUCUUGUGCUGACUGUUGGGGUGGCUGCCCACAUAGCUUUUCCUGUGCCAGAGCCCAGUCCCCAGAGCAGGGCUAACUUUACACUCCACUGGGCCAAUGACUCCACUCCAACACCGCUGGACUCCACCACAACCUUCUGAGCUGCAUUUCACCCGGGGAUGGUGACACCUUGUGACUGCGCUCGGCUCUCACACUGUUCUGUCGAGAGGCCACAGGGUUUGGGUUGUGCUGAGAAAAUGGCCCCGGUGCUGCACGGCUGAGCAAAUGAAAGCAAAUGGCUGAUGCUGGCAGGAAGAACAAAGGUCCAGCAGCACAGAUUGUGUGCAGCUCGGUCACUCUGAGGGGCCUCUCUGGGACAACACAGAGCAUUCUGAGACGGGCUUUUUCUUGGAAGAGAAACGUUUUAAGAAGAACAGACAUUUUACUACAAAUACAUCAGAAUAUUUCAUGUUUUCAUGGUUUGAUUUAUGCU